ACUUCCGGGUUGUCAAGAGUCGCAAAACAAGAGGAGCAAAGCGGAUUAGCGUCCUGCAGAGAUGGCAGGGGGGUCCGAGGACGAGAUACCAGAGUCGGGAGCAGUUUUCACUUUUGGAAAGAGUAAAUUUGCAGACAACGUCCCCAGUAAAUUCUGGCUUAAAAACGACGUCCCCUUAAAGGUCGCGUGCGGGGACGAGCACACCGCCUUCAUAACAGAAAAUGGGAAACUCUUCAUGUUCGGCAGCAACAACUGGGGCCAGCUGGGUCUGGGAUCCAAACUGACCGUGAACAAGCCCACUUGUGUCAAAGCUCUUAAAUCUGAGAAAGUCCAGUUUGUGGCCUGUGGGAGAAACCACACUCUCCUCCACACAGCUCAGGGCAAGGUGUUCGCCUCGGGGGGGAACAGCGAGGGCCAGCUGGGGCUCGGCGACUGCGAGGAGAGGACGUCCUUCCAGAGGAUCGGCUUCUUUGAUUCUCGUGGACCAAUCAAAAUGCUCGCUGCCGGGUCCAACACCUCCGCUGCGCUCACAGCGAGCGGGAAGCUGUUCAUGUGGGGCGACAACACGGAGGGUCAGAUCGGUUUGGGGAAGGAGAGCCACGCCUCGGCGCCGCAGGAGGUCAGCGUGGGGCGACCGGUGGGCUGGGUGUCCUGUGGAUACUACCACUCGGCCUUGGUCACAGUCGAUGGAGCCCUGUACACGUUCGGCGAGCGCGACAGCGGUAAACUGGGUUUGGGCACCGACCAGCUGCCGCGCCACCGAGUCCCUCAGCUGGUGAAGAGCCUCAAGGAGACGGUGACUCAGGUGGCCUGUGGGGGCGGACACACGGUGGCACUCACAGAGGACGACGUGUUCACGUUCGGCCUCGGUCAGUUCGGACAACUCGGUCACGGGACGUUCUCCUUCGAGUCGCGGAUCCCGCGGGCGGUCGACCACUUCAAGAAGGGACGCGUGUGUCAGGUGACCUGCGGAGAAAACCACACGGCCGUCAUCACAGACGGCGGUCUGCUGUACACGUUCGGAGACGGCAGACACGGGAAACUGGGUCUGGGAGAAGAGAACUUCACCAACCAGUUCAAACCCACUCUGUGUCCACGCUUCCUCAACUACAACGUUCAGGCAGCUUCGUGCGGCGGCUGCCACAUGGUGGUGCUGGCUCGGCCGAGGGACCCGAGCGGCGGCGCCGUGACUCUGGAGGAAGACGACGUGACGGAGGAUUACCUGGAGAGGCCGUACGUGGAGCUGCUGGGGGACACGGCCGACUCCUCCGCCCUGCAGAGGAGCCUCUCUGCUCGGGUCCGCAGGAGGGAGAGGGAGAGAUCUCCAGACCAGUUCGGCGCCGUGUUCCGCCCGCUGCCCGCCGUGACGCCCGGCUACCUCCACCCGCCGCCGCCGCUGCCCGUCUCCGGCCGGACCGUCCCACCCAGACUGCCUCUACCUGAGCUGAACCACAGAAAGGUGCUCAGCAGCACUCACCAACACAGGAGCACAGGGUCAAUCCACCAGGAGCCGACGGCGGGCGACGCAGGCGGCGCCGUGGAGAGCCUGACGGACACCGACAGCGUUCGAGGUCUGGGGGAAACCUCCGACUUCCUGAACAUGACUCACGUGAUGAAGAUGGACCCCGCGGAUCAAUCACUCACUCUGUCUCCAGUUCAGAAGAGGAAGGGUGAGCGCGGUAAGGCCGGUAAGACGGAGAGAAAGCUCCCGAAGCGGAGCAGCUCCACCUCCGCCUCCCCGUCUCGGGGGAGCGAGGCCGUCCCUCCUCGCCGAGGGAGGAGCCACGGUGCUCGCUCUCGGGCCGCCAGCAGCCCGCACAGACGGAAAACCACCAAUCGGAACAAAGAGAACGUGGUCGUGGCCAUGGAGGAGCUGCAGAGGAAGCCCGGUAGAGACGAGCCCGGUCUAGGGAAGGCUCCGGGGAAAGGCCGGCUGAAGCUGGAACCAGACUCUAGACCGAGUCCUGAAGCCAGGAAGACGCCUUCGGGCUCUGAACCGGCACCGGUCCGGGUUCAAAGCAAAGCGAUAGUCGUGCAGAGUGCAGGUGUUCGCUCGCCAGGUAAGCACACGGCCGGGUUUCAUGUGGACUCGGAGAGUCUCUCUGAGGGGAAAACCAAGUCCGAUGUUUCCAAGACGUCUAAGAACGAGAAAAACAAAAAAGAGGCAAAAACAGGGAAGGCGUCGAAGCUCCGCCUCCUGGCCGGAGCCGGCGCUCUCGCAGCGGGGGCGCUGGUAAUGCACGAGGUGGCGUCCAGGAGGGAGGAGCCUGAAGCCCACGCUGAAGAUUCAAGAGAGAAAUCCUCCGCCGUCACCAUCAACGUCAUACCGGAGAGCCAGGAGGAGAAGGAAACGAGUGAAGGUGAGGAGGAGAGGAAGGACUCUGUCAGGGAAAAGCAAGAGGAGGAGGAGAAUGAAGAUGAGGAAGGGCAGAGGACGAGUGCAGAUGUCAGUGAGGAGGAGGAGGAGGAGGAUGAGGAUGAUAUCAGUCACAGUAUUGAGAAAGUAAGUGAAGAAGAAGAUGACGAAGACAGCAACAUUCUUCAACCAGAGGAGGAGUCAGAAACUGAUGAAGAGGAAAGCGGGGUUGAGGAGGAAGACGAGAGCAGCGCUGAGGAAGAGGAAGAGGAGGAAGAGGAAGCAAGAAGCUCGGCAGGAGGUGAAAGUGAAGACGAGACAGAAUCAAAGAAGAGCAAAGGAGGGGAUGCAAGAGAGGAGGAGGAAGAGGAGGAGAAAAGUGAGGAAGGGUUGAGUCACGAGACGGAGAGCAAAGGAGGAGAGUCCGAAGAAGAGGAGGAAGGUGAGGAAGAGGAGGAGGGUUUGGAAACUGAGGAAGAGGAGGAGGAAGGUGAGGAAGAGGAGGAGGGUUUGGAAACUGAGGAAGAGUCAUCGGAGGAGGGAGAAGAUAGUGAGACAGAGGGAGGGGAAAAUAAGGAGGAAGACGAGGAAGAGGAGGAGGCAGAAGAGGAGAGUAGUGGGGAAGAAGAGGGUGAAAAUGAGGAUGAAAGUGAAGAAGAGGAGGAAGAAGAGAGUGAAAACAAAGAGGAGGAGGAGGAGGAGGAGGAGGAAGCAGAUGAAGAGAGUGCUGAUGAAGAGGAAAAAGAGAGUGAAGAAGAAAAGGAGGAAGUAGAGGAGGAGGAGGAUCAAAACAGUGAGGAAGAGGAAAAAGAGAGUGAUGAAGAAGAGGAGAAGGAAGAAGAGGAGGAGGAUCAAAACAGGGAGGAAGAGGAAAAAGAGAGUGAUGAAGAAGAGGAGGAGAAGGAAGAAGAAGAGGAGCAUCAAAACGGGGAGGAAGAGGAAAAAGAGAGUGAAGAAGAAGAAGAAGAAGAGGAGGAGGAGAAGGAAGAAGAGGAGGAGGAUCAAAACAGGGAGGAAGAGGUUGAUAACGAUGAGCAGGAGGGUGAAGAAGAAGAGGAGGAGGAAGAAGAGGAGGAGGAUCAAAACAGGCAGGAAGAGGUUGAUAACGAUGAGCAGGAGGGUGAAGAAGAGGAGGAGGAAGAAGAGGAGGAGGAUCAAAACAGGGAGGAAGAGGUUGAUAACGAUGAGCAGGAGGGUGAAGAAGAGGAGGAGGAAGAGGUCAUCAAAAAGAAAAAGUCAGCUGAGGUCAAAAGCGUGACCUCUGGAAGUAAACGGAGGUCGGGGGUCAAAGGUCAGGCAGCAGACGAGUCCGAGGAGUUCUGGGGUGACGUGCUGCCGCAGUACCUCCAGCUGAGAUAACACCAAUACAUAAUCAAUAGUCCGUCCAUCCGUUCAUUGAUCUGAUCGGUUCAAUGUUUCCAUUCAGAGACACAAAACCAGAUCCAGGUUUUUACUGGACCGGGUCCCUGAACUCAUCGCUCACGGUGCCUUCACUGCUCAUAUUCCUUCACGUUAUUUAAUGAAUCUCUGUCUAUGAGAACGUUAUUUUAAAGGUUUUGUUUACUUAGAAAUACUUUUAUUUAUU